UAGGCGGGUCAUCUCUCUCCGCACCUCACCGUCCGUUUCCUUCUCCGCAGCUCGUUAUCUUCAGAGGUAGGUUUCUAUAGUGGCGUCAGAUAUCGUACCAAUGGCGGCGCCUGCAAGGACUGUUAAGGAUGCCUCACCGCACGAGUUUGUUAAAGCCUACGCGGCUCACCUCAAGCGAUCCGGCAAGAUGGAACUACCCGAGUGGACGGAUAUUGUGAAAACUGGUGUGCUCAAAGAACUUGCUCCAUAUGAUCCCGAUUGGUACUACAUCAGGGCUGCUUCCAUGGCUCGGAAGAUAUAUUUGAGGGGAGGUCUUGGUGUUGGUGGUUUCCGUAGAAUUUACGGCGGGAGCAAGAGGAAUGGAAGUCGCCCUCCCCAUUUUGGCAAAAGCAGCGGUGCCAUUGCUCGUCACAUCCUCCAGCAGCUCCAGAAUAUGUCCAUUGUGGAACUCGAUCCACGGGGUGGAAGAAGGAUCACGUCCAGUGGCCAGCGCGAUCUUGAUCAAGUUGCUGGAAGAAUCGCAGUAGCCACACCAUGAACUCAGUGCGGAGAAUCUUCAAACAAGGUUUUGGUUGAAAAUGCAUUUCCCUUCAAUGUUUUUCGAAUUAUGAUUUUGCCUGUUGAAAUCUAUCUGAGCAAGAUUUGCAAUCUGCAUGAUUGAGUUAUGUUAUUUAUAUUUUGGUAGCAUUUUUAUUGUUAUUCAUUCUGUUACUAGUAAUGAAUUUUGCGUUAAGAAGAGAGUGCUCGAUGAAUUUCA